AUGUUUAGGAUGCUGUUGGACGCGUUUUGGAGCGAGGCUCUGUGGCUGCCGCCUAACGUCACGUGGUCAGAUGUGGCGCCCCGGCCCGGGCCCGGUAAAGCGGUGGUCUAUACCGACAAUCGACAUCUUUGGCUUACCGUUCCUAUGGCGUUGACGCUCUUAGUGCUGCGCUUCGUAUUGGACAAAUAUAUAUUUGCUCCGUUCGGCAAGGCACUAGGCAUUAAACAUGAUAGAAAUAUAAAGGUUCGUCUAAACCACAAGCUGGAAGCUGCAUAUAAGGCCAAUCCCGCGUCAAUACAGAUAUGUGCACUCGCCAAGCAGCUAGACAUGUCUGAGAGGCAGGUGCAGCGCUGGUGGCGCCGGCGCCGGCAGCAGGACAAACCGUCCAUGCUCGUCAAGUUCUGCGAGAGCUGCUGGCGGGCCACCUUCCUCUUUUACAACCUGGUGUUCGGCUGGAUGGUUUUAUGGGACAAGGAGUGGUUGUGGGACGUUGAUUACUGCUAUAUCGGCUAUCCUCAUCAGGGCGUCACCAACGACAUAUGGUGGUUCUACAUGGUCGCGCUGGGAUUCUACUUGUCGCAGACCCUGUCGCUAUACGCCGACGUCCGUCGCAAGGACUUCUGGCAGCAAGUUGUGCACCACGCCGCUACGCUCUCCUUGAUGUGUUUCAGCUGGGUGUGCAACUUCCACAGGAUUGGCUCGCUGGUCAUGCUUUCACAUGACGGCUCGGAAACAUUGCUAGAGGUCACAAAAGCGACGAAGUACGCGGGCUACAACAGAGCGAGCGACUAUAUGUUCGCCGCCUUCACCGCGCUGUGGGUUGUGACCAGGAUAGGAAUAUAUUCCUAUUUCAUUGUUGGGAGGUAA